AUAACGCAAAGCUCCAACCCAGCUCUCCCUCAGUCAAGUUCGAAAACGUCGAAAAAGGCCGCCAUCUUGAACGCAUGGAGUGGUGAUCGAGCAGUAAAGCAAGAUUCCUUCAGCAUCCCUGAACUGAAUUACCAACUUUCCUGGGCUCCAAAGAAGACUUCGAAGUAACCAGCAUUUUGAUUUUGUCUUUUUUUUAGUGUGAAAGGUUCGUUUGGUUGGGAUCACUGUCUGCCAUUGUGCUCUGUUGUAUUUUGUGUGCAAAUGGUCAAUGGAUAAUGCUUCCUGUAUAUAUGUUUUAGCUUUGGUAAUGAGUGAGUGGUGCUUUAUGUGCUAGAAGGGUAUCCUUGCUGUAAUCUUUAGUAUUUGUGUGUCGUGGGCCUGCUUGAAUGUCACAUGUUUCUUAAUGCGUCUGUGAGAAUGUUGUAUUCUGAAAAGGGAUGUUUGUGGCGUCGUUAUUAAUUUUUGGUUCGACAUACACUAAUACAUGGAAGUCUUUCUGGUGAAGUGGCUGCGCGAUUUCUUGUUUUAUUGUGUCCCUCCUUAGGGUUGAUGAUUUGAUGUUAUUAUUUUAUUAAUCUGCUGUGCACACGUUAUGCUCUCAACUUGUGGUUUCCUUCAGACGUUAUUUUGUCAAGCUCAGCACGAAUAAGCUUAUGCUAAAAGUAAAGAUGGUUUUUGAUUCCAUUAACAAAAAUCAAACAUAUCUUGUUUGGGCUUUGUGGGACGUGUCAUCUCCCUUCUCCCGCCACUACCACUACUGUAUCUAAGUUUAAAAUUUCAUUUCCUACAACUUUAUAUCAGGUAAAAAGUUCAGGAUCAUUGUCGCAGGGUUGAUAAUUGGCUUACCACAGCAACAAAAUUAAAAAUAUAUAUUAUAUCAUGUAUGGUUAUACAGUAGGCCAGGUUGUCUGGGAAUUCUUCUGGAGACACAUGGAUAUCAUCAUAUUAUUUUAAUAGGUUAUUAAUUAUUUUGGUUUGUUUAUGUCCAGUGAAUACUGAAACUAUUGAUAAUAGUUGUAUUGUAUGCUGUAAUCUGUCGUGUGUGCUAGUUAGCAUGGAUGUUGGUUUUGCUGUUAACUAAUCACCCUCUCAGUAAGAGCAAAGGAAAAGGUUUUUUAUCCUUGCAGUAUUAACGUUUUAAACUUUUAUUUUAGUUUCUUGAAGUAUUAAUAUUGUCUUGUAAUGUAAAGGGAAAUCUGAUAAAAUUUAACCUCUCCAAUCAAACCCCUGUGUAAAAUCACCUCUGUUUACUUCAAGAAAAGGCUUUUUUCUGUCGUAGUUGCAACCCCAUUUUAUUGUGAGGGAUUUUUCUAGAUGUUUAACCUGUCCAUCUAAUUAGUAAUGAAGGUGAAAAUACUGUAGUUGGAUAUCCACUUAGCUCUGAAGGGUCAAAGUAGAUAUCCACUGCCCUUCGUGAUGUGAAGAAUUUAUUUUUAGUGCUUACUAAACCAGGAGACAGUUUGAAUAGGGAGAAAACUGCAUGCAGAAAAUAUAGAAGAAUAUUGGGAAAUGAUUGGCAAAUAUUACAGUUGCUGCCUUAGCUUUUAGCAGCCAGUUAAAAAUCUCUUGAAGACACUAUGCACUGGUUUAGUAUGCUCAUAUCAUUAAUAUUUUGUAUUUUUAUUUGUAAGACUGCCUUGAAUUUGUGAAUUUUUUGUUGUACAUUUGGUAAUGGGUUUCUUAUUCAACUUCUUAUGCACCCCUAAUUAAGUUGAGGUUAAUUAACUCAAUCUGCCUACCAUAUUGUCAAGCAAAACCUGUCAUUGAAAUUUUUUCCCUCAUUUGGAUAGUUACUACUUAUUAUUGGCUAACUCAGACCCAGCUAACUCGAAACUCAUUAUAAAAUAAUUGUUAUUUUAUAAUCAUUUCAACUCUCACUCCAGUCCUUUGGCACAUGUACAUGUAAAUGCUGAGUUUUGCUGAAAUAAGUGUUGAAACCUAGACCCACAGAAACGUCAGCAGAAGCAGAUGAACUAAUUUUCUAAAUAUUAAAUAAAUAAGGAUACACCAAAAUACACAGUGAAAACUCAAACUGCAAAGCUUCGGUAUUGGUAUUAAUAAGAAAAGGUGGUAAUUGCAUUUUGAUUUAGAAGUUGACAUAUAUCUACAUAUUUUGAUACAGUUGACAUUAGGGAAGAACUCAGUAAUGUGCAAUAAUAAUGUUGUUGAAAGUUCUUUGAAGUGUUCAAAAAUAGCCAGAAACCCUAGGACAAUCUCGAGCACUUGCCAACUUGAAAAAAGUCUUUCAUUUUUGCAUUCAUAUCAAGUCCCAAUUUGUGCAGACCUCUCUGAAGUUGUUUUGAAGUGUACCAAAAUGGCCAUAGAUUGUGAUUGAAACUACUAUACGUGUUUUUGUUGUAUUUUACUUUAGGACAAUCUUAAACAUUUGCUAACUGGAAAAGUCUUUCAUUUUUUCUUUCAAUUAUAUUGUAACUCGGUUUUAAAAAGGGAUAUAACAUAUUCUUAACUAAUAACAUUACAAUUCUGAAUCUGAAAUAUUGAAUGCCUUUUAAUCUUUUUUCACUUUCAUCUGUUGAUUGUUUUGUUUCAAUGUGGUUGUGCAAAAAAAAAUUUUUCCCUACAACACACACCCAAAGGAAUACUGGUGCACAAUGUUAUAUGUAGUUCCAAUGCUACAAGGAAUGUACUAGAAAAUGUAUGUUUUUUGCAUGAAAGAUUUUUGGGAAGUGAGAUUAGGGAGUCAUCUUUUAUUGUGUAUGUGUAUGUGGUGAAGUUAUUUUGAAAUUCUUGCAUCGUGCAUGCAAAGGUGUGUAUUCAUUGGAUGAUGACCCCUUGUAAAACAACAGGAAAAAAAAUUCUUUUUAAAUGAACUUUAUAAUGGACUUGCUUCCACCUUGCUUGGGCCAUCGACUCCGAGCAAAGUAGUUCUUGGAAUCAGAGCCGCUUCGAUGAAGGAUUAUUUGAAGGAUUGAGUUGCGAUCAGCAUAUGUUUUGUUAGCCAGGGUGUCAAGAGAAGCUAUCUGGAUUUGCUGAAUAUCUACAAAGGACAUUUCAAGAUCAGCAGUGUGCUGUAAUUUAGUGAUUACAUUCUGUGUUGAAGAUAAUUUAAAGAACUCCCUGUGGUGAAAGCAGUGAUUGAUAUUAAUUUCAUGUGCCAUCUGGAUGUGCAGUGAAAUAGUGGAGUAUUAAAUUGUGCAAAGCAUUCUAUGUGCUUCUUGGAGGCUGUUCAUUCCUGCUAUCUCCUAGCUACAGUUGAUUGAAGUCUUCAUUGUGACUAACUUGUGUUGCUCCAUCUGGAUUCUUCAGUCUUUGCAGGAGAGGAGCAGAGAGAAACAGGUAAGACCAUCAGUUGUUCAAGCAGAUUUACCUUUAUAUGAUUAUUAUUACCUAUUUAAUAUCAGAGAGGGAUAAUUCUCUUUUGUAAUGACUUAAUUUAAGACACUGGACUGCCUACAAGAGUUAUUGAUCACAUCUGAGCCACGAGGAAUGUAAUUGACACAGUGAUUGUAUUUUUAUGAUUUACCGGUAUAUAAUUUUUUAUUAUUACUUCUGUUGAGAUGUAACUCACUCCAAGGCUCAAAAUUCAAGUUGAUAAUGGUGUAAUCACAAAAACUCUAAAAAAUUACAGUCUUCAUCGUUAGUUUUUCUUUCAAAGCAACCACGAGAGAAAAAGAAAUCUUGGAUGCCACCAAAGAAUUAAGUAAACCAAGAGAAGAUCAUUAAAUUCCCAAGUUUUGAGCAAAACGUUUUGGACAACAACUCUUGGGUUUCUGACAACCAAAUUUGAUAUAGUGUUUGUCCAAAGGACAAGUGGAUAAGAAAAUUUUUCUCCUACUCUGACCUGAUUCACCCAGAUUUUCUUUAUUGUACUUUCUGACUUUCAGCCUGCCCCAAGAUUGUGUCUUGUGAUGGCAUCACAGGGAGAAGACUGCUAUUUCUUUUACUACUCAACCUGUGCCAGGGCAAGUAACUCUUAAUCCUUUAAUCACCAAUAUCCACGUACAAAUUCUCCAAACUGAUCUCUAUACAUUUUCUUAAAGAAUAAGUUGAGAGAAUUUGAGGAAAGAUGAAAGCAUUUUCUCUUAGGUGAUCAAUUUAUUAAUUCUCAUAACCAAAUCUCUUGACAAUCAAUGGAUAUGGUUGGGAGAAAAUUGAUGUUGGACACCAUUGGGACUUAAAGGGUUAAUCCUUUAAUCACCAAUAUCCACUUACAAAUUCUGCCGACUGAUCUAACUACAUGACCUUAAAGAGUUAGUUGAGAGAAUCGAUAAAAGAUCAAAUCAUUCUACUAAUUUUUGUAACCUUUUCUUUUAUGUUUUAUGGGUAUUGUUAGGAGAAGGUUGAUGUUGUUCACUCCUGAGACUUAAUAUAAGGGGUUAAUAAAACCCUGACUUGUAAAGACCAGUGUGGUGAUGCUGUUAUGGCCAGUAGAUGUGCAAUAUAGCCUUUUUCAAAAAAUAUCAUAAUACUCUGUGUUGUCCUUCCCAAAUUUUGCGUAAGCAUAAGCAUAAUUUGUAGUUUUCAAUUUCUUUUGGGACUUACAGUUGCCCCACGAGAAAUUGAAAACAAUGCUCAUGCAAAAUUUUGGAGGGUCAACAAAGAGUAUUGAGGAAUAUUUGAAAAAAGGCCCAUUUCGUUUUUUAACCUUAACAUUUUUUUUUCUUUUUCGUAGGGUGAUGAAUGCCCUUACAGACAUGAACCAGCUGCAUUAGGAAGCGAGACUACUUGCCGACAAUGGGAGCAAAAUCGAUCAUGCACCCGAGAAGUGUGCAAUUUUAGGCAUUCGCUCAUAAUGGUUUGUAGAAACUGUUGUUUAAGUAGAAAUAUCAAGCCAGAAGUUUUAAAUAAGGUGUACUUGAAGAUAAAAUUGCUGUAAUUUGCUUAUUCUUUAUUUAUAGAAAAACAGAUCUGAUACUCCUUGUUACUAUGAAUCUCAACCAAGUGGAUGUCUGAAACCUUUCUGUUCAUUCCUACACAAAAAGCCUAGACCUAAUGGUCAACCUCCGUCAGUGAAUACCAAUGGUCCUCCCCCCAUGGUACAUCAGGUCCAACCAGUUCAACCUGUUUUAUCACGGCCUGUGGCACCAGUUUCUCUUCCUGGUGCUGCUGGCACACCAGUACCUCACCCAGUUGCACCCAUACCACACCUUCCUGCUUCAUCAAUACCCAGGAUGGCAUCUUCUGGAAGUCAGGAUGCAAUGAAGAUUCCUACUAUAUCAUCUCCACCCAGACCAAGGCUACCCAUUCAGCAGAAUAUCAGCAUGCGGAGACCACAAGUACCUAUGCAAUAUCCUCCAGUUAGUAGGCCAAUGCUUGUACCACAGCCACCUCAGAUGGUCAGGGCACCCCAGUUCCCUGGGCCUCCACGUCCAGCAGGCAUUGUGCAACCUAUUUCGGCCAGCAGGGGAUUCCCCGCCUCAAGGCCAGGCGGUCCAGUUAGUUAUCCAAGAGGUAUGUUUCACUUUUUGCUCUCAGAACUGGGCAACAUGAAACAUAGUCAGCAGUUUGUGUGUGUUUGCACAAUGUCAAAGUCAAAAGGAAACUGCUUCUUAGGCUCAAUACCAACCGCUGUUCAGGAUAUGAGCCCGCACUCCUCCCCCGAGCAGAUGGUUGGAUGUAUGACUUUGCUAUUGUCAAUUACCACCAAUGAGAUUGUUGCCUGCUCAAAUCGAGCAGGCAGCAUAAAUUUAUUUUCCUGGAGUACAUUUCAAAUGGCAGAUGCAAAGGUGUUGUAUAAUGUGGCGUGCGAUAGUGUUUUAGAGCAUUUUAAGCUUAAAAAACCUAAAAUAUUUACAAAGAAAAGUAUUAGCUUAGAGAAGCUGUUAAAUGGUAGGUAAUUUUUGACACUCAACCAACCGGAACUAUGGUGGUUGACCUGAAAGAGACGACUGUCAUGUCCAUCGGUAAUGCAAAGUCAAUGCAAAUACAAUCAUGAAGUCAUUCCUUGGGCCCUUGGCAGAAAUCAGAACUGGCUGGCUGGAACCAGUCUUUUUGACAAUAAAAAUGGGCAGAGUAGAGGUUAUGUGUUGCACUGUAUGAUAAAUCAUGAUAAUCAGAUGGCAGUUGCAAGGGCAAUGAAUUGCACUCUCAUCUCAAUAAGGUUUUUAUGAACUGUUUAGGCAGAAAUCACGCCUUUUAACAAAGUUUAAUUUUCCCCUUUAGAAAUCAUAACACCGCAGCGGUCAUAUCACCUUCCACCAAUGUAUGCAGGAAGACCAGAAGGUAAAUGUGAUAAACACAAAACAGUAAUGCUAAAUGUUGGAGCAGUAGAACUUUCCAGGACCUUGAAAAAAAAAUGAAUUCCAGCUUGUCCUUUGGGCAAGCAGUGCUCGCAUUUUUCUUGCCUUGGGCCACUUCUUGCUCAUCUUCGUGAGUGAUUUUGUUAGAGGAUGUCUUGCCUGGACCCUUAAGGCAAGUAAGUUUUUCGAGUUACAUGUACUUACCCAGCAAGAAAGUCUUCAAGUACUUGCCCUGGACUACCGCAUAGGACUUUUUUCAAGCAUUGGUUUGAUCAAAGGCACCAACUUGAAGUUGAUUAAUCUGACAAAAUAUGAAAUCGUGCACCCUCAUUUCAAUCUUGAUUAUUCUUUUGGAUUAAAACCAAUGUUUUUUACUCAUCUCCUUCAGGUUUAGCAAUGCCUUUCAUGCCAGGACCAAUCAAGGAGAAAUUUCAAGCAGACGAUUUUGACAGUCUGAGUGAAGGUAUUGCACUGCAUGAUGAGGCCUAUUAAGGCUGAAACCAGAAAGAACAUUUGACAACAUUGAAGAAAAUUUGAUUUCUUGAUGGAUUAUCACAAUAAAUUAUUAUUGUGAUAAACCAUCAAAAGUCAAACUGUUUCACAAUUACAGGCAGAAUAACCAGAGUAGCAGGCAGCAAAGGCCUAAACUUUGUGGUUGUUGUUUUGUGUUAAGUUGGCAGCAAAUAAACAUUCCGUUGGAAGGGGCAAAAUGGCUGGCUGUGGGCUCAUUUUGAUGUAGCUGAAAUAUGUGGCCCUUUCUCUAGGUUCAGAUUCUUUCUCAAGUAGUGAAGAUGAGGAGGAACGGAAGAGAUCCCGACAAGCACCUCGCCGCAAGGUUCAUAGCAGCUCACAUCGGGAAGUGUAUACAAAUAACAGGAGAGAGGUACAUGGCAGACGAAAACAGCAGUCCAACAAACCAAGUCGUGGCAGUAAGUUGCUACAAGAGGAAUGCAUCGCUUUGUAUAGUAGCAGCUUCAGGCUUGUUCAUGAAUAACUUCAUGAGUAACUUUUCUUUUGUGUUGCUCCUAGGAGAUAGAAGUGAUGACAGAAAAAGACCUGAUGCCACAAGAGAUAGAAGCAAGAGUGCUGCAGGUAAUUGUUUUGCUAGUACAAAUGAGCAAGGAAAAUUUGCCUGCAUUGGAAAGGUUUUCAGAUAGGAAAAUAAUGGUGUGUUUUUAUCGUUUGAGCUAAAGGAAUGUGAUUGUAUGUACAAUAAAAAUGAAGUAGUCGUAUAUUAAUAGUGAGUUACGCAACAAGAUGGCAGAAAGAAGAGGACGGCAAAAUGCUUGUGUGUGAGAUACGUGACAGGCCUAUUACUUGUGUGUUUUGCGGUGAUCUUCACUUAAGUUAAUGUUUUCUGGUCUUUGACAAAAAGACCGGUUUAAAGGAGGGUGAAGUUUGGCGGAAAAGUUUCUGAAACAAAAUUGUUGUCACGCUUGUCACACAAAGUUUGCCGUCUUCUUUUCUUUCCCGUCCUGUUGCGUAAACUCACUAAUACUAGCACUGCCUCCUGCAUGUAAGGUGUUUGAUGUCGACAAAAGUAAUAAUCAUUUGAGAGUGAAAUGAUAUGGGCUUUAUAGUGCCUGUAAAUUCAGACUUGUUUAAUAUCGAUUAUAUAUAGGAGAUCAUGACAGUUUAGACCAUAACGGGAUGAAUACGUCUAAAGGUUCAGCCAGCAUGAGAAGACUACUGGUUUUGAUUCUUAAGGAGAAAAAGAGAAAAGCUCUGAACACUCUUCAGUUCUACAGAAUGAAUGUCAUUAUAAUAUACACUGGGUUUGUACAGUCUUGAAUUCUUGAAAAAGACUUGAAUUUUCCAGAUGUGGAAAAAGUUUGGAAAAUGAUAAAAAGUCUUUUUUUCCAGAGUUACAAGUGCUUAAUAAGUGAUUUUGUUUUUCCCGUAGUCAAAUCCCACUCAAUCUCACCCGUAGCCAACACAUUUCAUCACAAAAUGAGAAGUUUCAUAACUAUCUUGGUCACCGUACGUUUACAAUGCAUCAUGAAAAAAGCUUGGUUCCUGUGUUUUUCAAGGUCUCUAUUGAUCACCUAUUGUAACCUUGAGUCUGGAAAAAGAAUAUUGUUUUGGAAAAAGCCUUGAAUUUUGGAUCCAAACAUCUGUACAAGCCCUGUUUUACAGUACUCUGUAUUACGUUAUAUUUGUUUGCACAGAAGCUGAACGUGACAGGUCUAGGACAAAAAGAAAACCAUCAAAGAAGUCACCACCAAAACGAGAAAAUGAAGCGCGUGAGAGGCAAGAGACCAAGCAGGAAAGAAAGCCUAGUUCAUCUAAAGAUGAAGAAAUAGAAGAAGAAACUGGGAGAGAUAAAAGUUCAGAGACAAAGGAAGCUGAUAGUUCAGAUAUAAAAGUGAAAACUUUGGAACAAAUAUUGAGAGAGAAAGCAAUAAAAAAGAUGGAGGAGAGAAGAGCUCUGAGCAAAGAUGUAAAGCUGGAUGAGGAUAAGGAAACCAAAGAGGAAGAGAACUUUGAUGAAUCAAGUAAAGAUACUAUGAAGGAUGAAGAAGAAGAGUCUGAUGUUGAUGAUGCUGAGAACAGUAAAAAGUCUCCACUCAAAAAAGUAGUUAGAACCAAAACCAAAGAUGAUGAUCCCCAAUCUUCAAGUGAAAAGUCGACCUCAACUAAAAAGGUUUCAUCUAUGGUUAAAAAGGUUCCUCCAAAGAAAGUCAUUAGCUUAAAUAAUGAUGACAACAAUACUCUAAAUACUUCAAGCGAAAAGACAAGAACUUUAAGAAAGGUGUCUUCAAACAAUGAAAAGAACUGGCCUCUUAGGAAGAUAAUGAGCACAGUUAACAAAGACAAUAACAGUGUUCAGUCUUCUGCUGUUGCAGAAAAACAUUCUCUUAAGGAUGAAGAUGAGGGUAGUGGGGAAGAGAAGCAGAGCAAAGGAACAGAACCACCAUCUCCGUUUCAAGAAGUCAGAGUGAAAACAUUUGAAGAAAUAAUGGAGUUGAAGAGAAAGCGAAGAGCUGCGAAGGAAGCUUCUGAAAAUGCAGCUGAAGAAAUGACAGUCAGUACUACAGAGGAAUCAAAGAGCACCACAAACUUGGUGUUGAGCCCUCCAAAACGGUUGAAAAGAAUAGUGCGGAAGUCAUCUGAUGAUGGAGAUAAGCAGGAGUCAAAGGUCGAGUCCUCACAGGGUGCGGAGAAGCCUCGGCCUGUACAGAAAAGAACUGUGUUUGUGAUGGAAAAGCCAGCCCCAAGUAAACAAAACACCGAAGAUGGUGAGUUGUUUUUUUUGUAUGUGGUUAAAUGUAAUUUAAGCUAAGUUAAACGCGAAACAAUGCUGGUCUGGGGUUUCCCUUGUCUCGGUCAUGCGCAGUGGUGGGGGAUCUGCAGGGGGUCGCGUGGUUUUACAGCUCGGGUUUUGAGGUCAACUCAUUUGCACGUGCACUUUUGCCUUUUCGACGGUGCUUGACGACUUUACUCCCCGCCCUUCCCUCCCCCUUUUCCGGUAAGUAUGUGGUAAGUAUCAUGGUUCCACUGUCUUUUGUCAGUGUGACGGUGCCUGGUGGUUGCCGCUCACAGGGUUGUCAUGGUUACCCUACGCGCUCGGCUCCGGUGCUCGAGGCCCCACCAUCUUUCCAGGCACCUUCCCCAAGCUCAUCUAUUGUUGAUGAGUUUAAUUAACUUGCUGUAGAUUUGGAUGUUUGUUACACAAUUCCGUUCAUUUCUCUCCCCCUCCAAAUCCUUUACAUUUUAUGGUUCACUUUCCCCCAAGACUCACGAGGUUCUGUGAUACAUGUAUUUUCCUUUUGCUUCCUCUUAGUAACUGGGUCCAUCAUGCUCCUGGUAUCCAAGGAAAAUCCCUGGUCCCUGGUUAUUAGAGACAGCCCUGCCCUUCUUACAUGUCACUUAUGUGUGAGAUGUGAUUAAAGGGAAAAUGGAAGCUUCGCAUGUAUCAGGGAAAUUAGUUUCAAUAAUUUAGCAUUAUGUUGAUACAGGUGGACUAACUGGUGCAGGAUUAGUGACAGGAUUAGCUCAGUCGGUAGAGGGCUUGACAGCGAAGUGGAAGGUUGCGGAUAGGAUUCCCCAGGUUGGACGGAUACUCAGGGUCUUAAAAUAACUGAGCACUUUAUCUACGGUGUACUCUCUUUGCACUGCAAGUGGCUGGACCUUCACAUGGCUUGGAUGACCACGUAAAAUGACAGUCCCGUCUCCAGUUGGAGAUGUGAAUAUAGUGUCCCCAAUUAGUACUUUCGUCCUAAAUGCAUUGACACUUGAUUAAAAUGCAUUUUUUUAAAAGGUGUCCACUUUAUAUUUUUAAGGUGUCAUGACUUCUGCUACCACUAAAGUGAACAACAAGUCACAACAGAAAUCCCAGAAACAGGUAAGAUUUAAUUCAACAUAAAUUCAAUAGUUGUAGUGAAGCUCAGUACACUCACUUUUCCAUGCCUCCUCGUAGAGAAAGUGAUAAUUUUUAUGUGCUUGAUUCAGGGCUGUCACUAAUUUUUAAAGUUAGUGGGAAACUAGCCGUGGAUUUUACAUUUUAUUAUUUUGCCAACAUCACGUUUCUUUCAAAGAAGUCAGUGUUGACAUUUCUAAUGGACAGGCAAAAUUCCUGCCCCCAACCAUUAAUGACUACUGCAUUAACCCUUUAAGCCCCAAUAUCCACAUACAAAUUCUCCAAACUGGUCUUUAUACAUUUCCUUAAGGAAUAAGUUGAGAGAAUUUGGUAGAAGAUCAAAGCAUUUUCUCUUAGGUCAUCAUUUUGUUAACUCUCUUAACCAUUUCUCUUGGUAACAUAUGGAUAUUGUUAGGAGAAAAUUGAUCUUGGUCACUAUCUGGACGUAAAGGGUUCAUUUUAUUUGAAAGCUAUGCUUCACAUUAUUACUCUACAUUCUUAAUGAUCAAUUUACGGUUUGUGAAUUUAGUGUGUAUUUGGAAGAAACAGUGCAAGUGGCACAGUAUAACUGUAAUGGUCCAUCCCCUUUUAGCCUGCAGUAGCUGAUCGUCUUGGAACACAGGAGGUCGAUGUGAAAAGCUUUGAUGUGAUAAUAGCAGAAAAAAGAAAGCGUGCUUUGCAGAAGAAGAAUGAAACUCCAAAAGACGGAGAGACUGCUAGCAAAGAAGAACAACCUAAAAAUAUUAAGUUACAGAUGAGCAGACAGACGAAUUCUUCAAAACCUACUACAGGUAAGAAAGAUACAUUUACGUUUCUCAACUAUCAAUAUUAGAGUCAACAGUUCUUUUGACACAACUUUUCAUAUGUGACGUGAUAUGAAGCGGUCAUAUUAUCACGGAUGCUGAGGUGGUAAGUUUGGUUGAUUUAAAGGGAGAGAUUGUGGCCCUCAUGGUGCAAUAGGUUAUACAGGCUUUGCUUUGUCUGUAGACUUGGCUUCAAGAACAUUAGAAAGCUACAGCAAUAAUAAAUUAAAGGGGUAGGAAUUUGAUCACCUAAAAUAGACCUCUGAUGGGGCAUUUAAACAGCUUUUUGGCUUGGGGAGAGGGGAAUUUGAACACUUGUUUUUCAAAACUUCAAUGAACUGGGGUUGCCCAGAGAGGGGAUGUUGAAGCUUCCAUUUGACCGAUGUAUAAGGCUGUGAAAAAACUUUCGAUCCAGGGAAUGGGGGAGUUCUCUGCCCUUUCUUCAUUGUCCACAUUAGACUCGUGAGCUUACUUGCAAGGUAAAUGUUCAAUUAUGAAUGAUAUUUUCAGGGAAACCUAGAUUCCAGUAACAUCUUUUGGUUUCGUUUUAUUUCAGUGAUUAAGCCAAGAAGAAUCAAGGUCUGGUCAAAGACAAAAGAAGGUAAGAUAUUUUUUACUUAAAAAAAAAAACAGGAAAGGAGGUUCAUACAUUCUUUUCUUGGUGUGUUUGUUCAAUAUUUCUUUGUUUUACAAGAAACUUGUUUGUUUCUUAACUUUAUGGCAAGACUAAGAGGACACUGAGAAAAGUAAAUAGAUAAAUAAAAUAAUGAUUUAGAGGUAGCAGAUUCACAUAGUGAUUCUUCGUCCGGCCUUCCUGGCUGAAUUGGAAUUUGAAAAUGCUAGUUUUUGAGGAGAGGGGAAAACCAGAGUACCAGGAGAAAAUCCUAUCGCAGCAAAGGAGAGAAACAACAACAAACUCAACUUACAUAUGGCAUUGACGCCUGGAUCUGAACUUGGGCUUUAUUGUGGGAAGCGAUUGUUCUCACCACGCACCAUCCCCUGCAUAUAUAGCAUAGUGGAAACAAAGUAAGUCAUCAAUCCCCCCAAUAGAUCUUCUACACUUGGAUCCAGACCUUUUACAUUCCACAACAUGAAUUUUCUGAUAAGCUAUCCCCACCCCUUUUCCCUGAUGUCUGUCUGUUGAUACAAUAGAGACCUUUAGAUUCGGUGACGAGGACGACUAUGAGUACGAGAUUUGACUUAAAGUUUUUUCGCUUUUUUCUCAAAAUAUAGACUUCGCGGAAAGCUUCAUUUUACCAUUUUUCACUAGAAAAGUUGGCAUUGUUAUCUUUAGUGAAGGAGGUUACGCGCUCUCCCAAUCGCAAAAUUGCAAAAUGAUAAAACUUCGCGCAACUGAUGUCUUGUGUUCGCCACCACGACAUUCGCGCGAAAACUCGUAGUAGAAUGACGACGGCUACCACUUUUUCCCGCCAAAAUGACGCUGGCUCACACGUGUACACUACUUAGUAUUGAGAAAAUGUCGUACUCGUAGUCGUACUCGUCCUAGAAUCUAAAGGUCUCUAAUGAUUCACCUCCUACAUUAUAAUUCCACAGAUGUCACCACCAGCAAGGCAGAUUCUACUCUUAAGGAAAAUGAAACACAAGUUCAGUCUUUACCAGAUGAUCAAAAUGAGCUGCCUUUCUUAGAAGCAUCUCCAGCGACAAGCUCACAACCUGAGCCUGUAUCCAGUGAACUUGAGGCCACACCAGAGGUGAUUCCUUGUACAGAAGAAUCCUCCGCUGCAGAUCAGAGUGUACCUGCUGAGGACCAUGACACACUUGAUAGCAGUCCUCCUGAUGUGGAUUCUACUACAGCUAGUCAAGAUACGGUUGACGAAAGCACUGAAAUGGAUGGUGAUCAAGGAGAAGAGCCGAUUGAAGAGAACAGCGAGACUGAACAGGUAUGAAUCUCUUGAAUUUGUGUCUUCUCUGUUACUUGCAGGGAGUACAUUCAUGAGUAGUAAAGGAUGCUACUUAGCCUAUCCAUCAAAAUUUUCUUGAAUGCUGAUUGGUUGACUGAUGUCACGUGGGGUUUAAUGUUCAAUGCUGAUUGGCUACUAGGGAAAUUACCUUCCUAAACAACUAAAAUGCUGUAACUAUUCAAGAUUAGGAAGAGCAGCAAAAUGCUAUUCAACGCGAGGGACAGUAAUACUUCUGCAUUCAGUCAUCUUGUUAGAUCUUACUUAAUUCGGGUGGUUAUAUGUCGGAGAAAAAUUGUCUAAACAGGCGCAAAUUACCCAAUUUUCCUGUCUUUCAGUGAGGAACAAGGCUAUUUUCGGGGAGUUAUUUUUUUUUAGCUUUGGUUGUUAAAUAACGUUCAAGUUCCCCUUGUUUUUUCUGAACAGGAAUCAGAGCAAGCUACAGAGCAAGAAUUGGUCGAACCACAGCGGUCAAAAGAGCCACCAUCCUAUGACGAAAUAAAGAAGGCAGUGUAAGUCGACUAAAGCCAUUGCCUUUUCAUAACUGUGCUUUUAUCGAUGAUGCACAAUGUAGAGGAGCUUGGCCUGGCUUCCACCCAAAAACGUUCCCUUGAACGAGUGAAUAUUUUGCUUUAAACUUUCGAAUAGAUCUUGCAAUUUAGCUUCCGUAAAUGAGGUCUUUUAUUGUGCCUAACUUUCUUACAGGUACUCAAUAGGGCUAUUCCAUUAGGUUGGGAGCAAGAUACUCGCUAUAACAUUUGCAAAUCAGUCUUGGAUUUGACUUGGGUGGCCAUUAAGCCAAGGGUACAACGACGAAGUUUUUGGCCAGCGGUUAAGAUUGAAAGUUGCGUCAUGUAAUAGCAUACCGUAAACUUUUGCAAAUGUUAGACGCGAUGAAAAAGUGGGAGACUACUGCUGUGAUAUUUGCAGCUUAGCCUAUGGACGCAAUAAUGCGCGUAUAGGUAGCAUUGCACCUUUUGUUUGUAAAUUUCCACCGAUAUUUGCUAAUGCAUUCAUCCUGGUUGUUAACUAACACUUCGUAUUGUGAUCUCUUAGUAAAAACUAAUUCAGUUCUAUUUUGCCUUAAUGCAGAGCGAAUGAAAUGUCCAAGGAAGAUGAUUUCUUUGAUGACUUCGACGUGGACCUAGAGUUGGGCGAAGACGACAACAUUGAAAUUGAUGAACAUAUGAAUGAAGACGAUUUGCUUAUGGAGCUUGACGAGAUGAUUAACCAGUGAAACAGGAAAGAAAGGGGAAAAUAAGAGAUUGACUGAUAAGAAGUGCUAUGAAUGUUUGGAGUUGAUUUAUUGAUGGCAAAUCCAUGCCUGGGACAAUAAGGUGUAUCUUUUCUACUGAAGGAGAAAAGUUGUGGAUUAAGUUUUUGAGCAGUGGAAGAAGGUUAAACAAGAACGUAACAUGUUAAAGUGGUUUUCGUCGAUCAAGUCGAUCAAGGAAGCCAGAGAACCGGGAAAUGAAAAAACACUUUAAAGUGGCUAAGACAGCAAAGUACCGUUCCGUAGGUCUUGGCUACCCGAGAAUCCAGCGCAAGUUACAUACAAGAAACUUAAAGAGAAAAUCAAGCCUUUGUUAGAGUCGAGAAGUGACAAUGUCUCUCCAGCAUCGUGCUGGCUCGUAACUGUAAAGGUUGUUAACUUUUAUGGUGUUCGCGGUAACAAAACGCUUCUGUACAUGUGCUACGACGAACUGGAUGAACCACGAUUUUAUCUACACGCUUUCCAGAUAUUUCUUGAUUUCCUUCAGGUUCUGUCAGGAGGCAAUGCAGGAGACUUUGCUAAUAAAAGUGAAAAAAGUGAUAAUCAAGGAUCACCUCUCACGCUGACUAUUUAA